GUACAGACACAGACGACACAGGCUGUAACUUUGUUAUCUCUGUACUUUGACAUGUGCAGUCAAGUCGAGCGUUACAGAAAAUUCCAUAGCUAAGAACAACGCAGCCACAGAGUAGAGCGGUUGAUAUCUUGUUCAGUACAGCAGCUACCGAGCUAUUUAGACCGCUGGGCUCAGGUCAUCAUUUCUCUUACUAGAAGCUCCGAUGGCUGCGACGGCUGCCAGUGUGUGCGUCACUGUGACUCUCCUUGUGUGUGUUAUGGGAGGUCAAGCCCUGGAGCUGCUGCGGGUGACUUCGACAUCAGGCAAUCCUCCCUCCGUUCCCACGGUAAAUUGUUGGUGCGCGAGCUACCCGAAUAUGACCUUUUGCUCCUGGCCCGAAUCCUCUCGCUCCCCACCAACACACUACAUUGCCACUUACAGUGAGAGACACAGACACCUGGUCACCAAGCCGUGCCGACUCAUCCAACCAGGCACUGCAUCCUCUGACCUGGUUUCAGCACCGUCACCCUCAUCGGAGCGGCUCUGGCACUGCCACCUUCCCAACCUGAAGCUCCUCACUAACUACAUCCUCAAUGUGACGGCAGUUUCUGCUGGUGGAAGCAGCUCCCAUCUAUCAACUUUCAUGUUGGAGGAUAUAGUGAGGCCAGAUCCCCCCGUAGACGUCCGGGUUUCCCCUCAUGACACAAAAAACCUGUUGCUGGAAUGGUCUCAUCCCCCGACUUGGACUGACCUGAAAAUCUUCCCCCUGAAAUACCAGAUCCUGUACGAGUGGGAAAACAGGGGCACUACGAAGUCUGUCAAUCUGGGUCCAUUUGAGGGCACCAGGGUUGAACUGAACGGGCUGACGGCAGGGAGGACCUACCUGUUCCGGGUGUGUGCAAAGGAGCUGCUGGGUCUGGGCGAGUGCAGCGCAUGGAGCUCACCCGUAAAAUACACCAUACCAAGAGCCAAAUCCUAGAUUUAUUUAACCCUCUUCUUUAAAGCCAGCAGGGAUGUAAACUCAAGAAGCAUCUUUACAUGCACGAUUAAUGUAAGCAACAGUUGUGUUUUUUUUUUGUUUUAUUUAUUAAGGAAAGAAAUGGAUACAAUUUUUACAGUGUAAUAUUUAUGUUGAAUAUUGUGUUGUAUUAUUUUAUCAUACUGUACAUUUGAGUCGCUUGUCUCUGGUUCAAAUGAUAAACUGUAUAAAUCAUUGUGAUCAAUG